CUAUGUCGCGAGCUCGGCCGGCAUUAGCCAUGGCGGCGGAGGCGGAGGCGGCGCUCCUGCUGCUGCUGCUCCUGUGCGCGGCGGCGUUCGUGGAGCGCGGCGCGGCGCUGCACCUCUGCACGGACCGGCUGUUCAACGACACGAAGGGGCGGCACGACGACGGCCUGCCGCACCUGACCCCGACGGAGGAGGCCACGUGGAUGUCCCUCCUCCCGCGCAGGCUCCGCGGCGGCGGCCGGGCCGAGUUCGACUGGCUGGCGCUGUACCGCAGCCUGACGCGCGGCGACGGGCCGGACGGUGGCGCCGGCAAGGCCGCGGGCCCCGAGGGGCUGCUGUCGCCGGCGUCCCUGCACGACGUCCGCCUCCACGGCGACGGCAGCCUCUCCUCCAUGUACUGGCGGGCGCAGCAGACCAACCUCGAGUACCUGCUCUACCUCGACCCCGACCGCCUCACCUGGACCUUCCGCCAGCAGGCUGGCCUGCCUACCGUCGGGGACCCCUACGGCGGCUGGGAGGCGCCGGACGGGCAGCUCCGCGGCCAUUUCGUAGGGCACUACCUGAGCGCGAGCGCGCACGCGUGGGCGGCCACGCACAACGGCACCCUGAGGGAGAGGAUGGCGAGGGUGGUGGACAUUCUCCACGCCUGCCAGAAGAAGAUGGGCACGGGGUACCUCUCGGCGUACCCCGAGACCAUGUUCGACCUGUACGAGCAGCUGGACGAGGCGUGGUCGCCAUACUACACCACCCACAAGAUCAUGCAGGGACUCCUCGACCAGUACACGCUGGCCAGCAACGAGAAAGGCCUUGACGUGGUGCUGCGGAUGGCCGACUACUUCAGCAACCGCGUGAAGAACCUGGUGCAGAUCCACACUAUCCAGAGGCACUGGGAGGCGAUGAACGAGGAGACCGGCGGCUUCAACGACGUCAUGUAUCAGCUGUACACUAUAACGAGAGAUCAGAAACACCUGACGAUGGCUCAUCUUUUCGACAAGCCAUGCUUCCUCGGACCACUUGGUCUCCAUAAAGACGACAUCUCGGGCUUGCAUGUGAACACGCAUCUCCCCGUCCUCGUUGGUGCGCAGAAGAGAUACGAGGUCGUUGGCGAUCGUCUCUACAAGGACAUCUCGACUUACUUGUUUGAUGUGGUGAAUUCUUCUCACACUUUCGCAACCGGAGGCACAUCUACCAUGGAACACUGGCAUGACCCAAAGAGGCUGGUGGACGAGAUCAAGAUCAGCUCGAACGAGGAGACCUGCGCCACCUACAACUUCCUCAAGGUGUCGCGGAACCUGUUCCGGUGGACGAAGGAGGCCAAGUACGCGGACCACUACGAGAGGCUGCUCAUCAACGGGAUCAUGGGCAACCAGAGGGGGACGCAGCCCGGGGUCAUGCUCUACUUCCUUCCCAUGGGGCCUGGGCGGUCCAAGAGCGUCAGUGGCCAGUCACCGUCUGGCCUCCCGCCCAAGAACCCAGGGGGGUGGGGAGGUCCCAACGACACGUUCUGGUGCUGCUAUGGCACGGGGAUAGAGUCGUUCUCAAAGCUAGGGGACUCCAUAUACUUCCUGGAGGAAGGUGACACCCCUGGGCUCUACAUCAUCCAGUACAUACCGAGCACCUUCGACUGGAAAGCCACGGGCCUCACUGUCAACCAGCGGGCGAAACCUCUGCUGUCAACGGACCCCUUCUUCAAAGUUUCGCUCACCAUUUCUGCAAAGAGAGGUGCCCGACAAGCGAAGGUGAGUGUCCGGAUCCCAUCGUGGACGACAACCGAUGGCGCAACGGCGAUCCUGAACGGCCAGAAGCUCAACCUGACACCCACUGGCAACUCGACUAAUGGUGGUUUCCUGACGAUUACCAAGCUCUGGGCCAAUGACACCUUGACCCUCCAUUUCCCCAUUACCCUUAGAACUGAGGCAAUCAAGGAUGACCGGCCGGAGUACGCGUCCAUCCAAGCGGUGCUGUUCGGACCGCACCUCCUCGCCGGCCUGACACACGGCAAGCUGCCAGUGACAGACAGCAGCCACUCCAACGACGGCCUGACCGCAGGCAUCUGGGAAGUGGACGCCACAGGCGCCGCCUCCGUCGCCGGCUGGGUCACCCCGCUCCACUCCGAGACGCUCAACUCACAGCUCGUCACCCUGAAACAGAGCAUUGGCGGGCGCACCCUCGUCUUGUCGGUGUCCAUCGCUGACGCGAAGCUGGAGAUGCAGGAGCAGCCCGCCCCCGGGACCGACGCGUGCGUGCACGCCACGUUCCGCGCCUACGGCCAGGCGGGCGGCAGCAGCCAGCUGCUGCGAGGGCCCAACGUGACGAUCGAGCCGUUCGACAGACCGGGCAUGGCGGUCACCAACGGCCUCGCCGUCGGCUGCCGUGGAGGCCGCGACACGCUCUUCAACGCCGUGCCGGGGCUGGACGGCGCGCCGGGCUCCGUGUCCCUGGAGCUUGCCACCAGGCCGGGGUGGUUCGUGGCGACGGCCCCCACAGCGAUGCACGCGAACGCCACCACGCAGGUCGUCUGCCGAGCCAACAAGGGCGGCGCGGCGUUCCGGCGAGCGGCGAGCUUCGCGCGCGCGCCGCCGCUGAGGCGUUACCACCCGCUGAGCUUCGCGGCGCGCGGGACGGCGCGGAACUUCCUGCUGGAGCCGCUGCGGAGCCUGCAGGAUGAGUUCUACACCGUCUAUUUUAGCCUCGUCUCCGACGGCGAGAGCUGAUUGAUCGGUGUGCUCCUGAACGAACGCUCCGCUAGUUUCGCUGUGCAAUGAGCCAUUGACGCUCUGUAUCCCCCAUGAACUAUGUGCAAUUUGGAGUGGAGUAAAAAUGUAUGGCGCUAGUUCCAUGAAUCCAUCAAAAUUCCCUUACCGUUAAUAGCUU